GUGAGAAGGAAACGGAGCCGACCCGCCCCUGGCACCGCGACCAUCUAAAAGCCCCGGGGCCGCCACACCGGGACCAUGCCCGCCCCAGCCGCCCGUGCCCCCGGCGACUGAGCGGGACCCGCGGAGGCAGCGGGCCCGGCGGGCGGGAUGCCCCGGUGGAGGCCGUCGCCCUCGUCCUGGCUCGGGCUCGCCGCCUCCCUGCUGGCCGCGCCGGUGCUGGGCUGCGGCCCGGGUCGGGGCCCGGUGGGGCGGCGGCGGCUGGGGCGGCGGCAGCUUUCGCCCCUGCUCUACAAGCAGUUCGUGCCCAACGUGCCCGAGCAGACGCUGGGGGCGAGCGGCAAGGCGGAGGGCAAAGUGCUGCGGGGCUCGGAGCGCUUCAGGGAGCUGGUGCCCAACUACAACCCCGACAUCAUCUUCAAGGACGAGGAGAACACGGGGGCGGACCGGCUCAUGACCGAGCGGCUCCGGGAGCGUGUGAACUCGCUGGCCAUCGCGGUGAUGAACAUGUGGCCGGGGGUGAAGCUGAGGGUGACAGAGGGCUGGGAUGAGGACGGCCACCACCUCCCCGACUCUCUGCACUACGAGGGCCGGGCGCUGGACAUCACCACGUCCGACCGGGACCGCCACAAGUACGGCAUGCUGGCACGCCUGGCCGUGGAGGCCGGCUUCGACUGGGUCUACUACGAGUCCAAGGCGCACAUCCACGUCUCUGUCAAAGCAGAUAACUCGCUGGCCGUCCGCACCGGCGGCUGCUUCCCCGGCCACGCCACCGUGACGCUGCAGAGCGGCGAGCACCGGGGCCUGGCCGAGCUGCGCCAGGGCGACCGCGUGCUGGGCGCCGAGCCGGGCGGGCGCCUGGUGCCCACCGAGGUGCUGCUCUUCCUGCACCGGGACCUCGGCCAACGCGCCUCCUUCGUGGCCAUCGAGACGGCCAGCCCAGCCCGCCGGCUGCUGCUCACCCCGUCCCACCUGGUGUUCGCCGCCCGCGGCGUGGGCAACGGCUCCGCCGCCUUCCUGCCCGUUUUCGCCCGCCGCGUGCGCCCGGGCGACGCCGUGCUGGCCCGCGGGGCCGGGCGGGGCAGGGGGCUGCGCCCCACGCGGGUGCUGAGGGUCUCUCGGGAGGACGGCGUGGGGGUCUUCGCCCCGCUGACCUCGCACGGCACCUUGCUGGUUAACGGGGUGCUGGCGUCCUGCUACGCCGUGCUGGAGAGCCACCGCUGGGCGCACCGGGCGUUCGCGCCGCUCCGCCUCUUCCACGGGCUCCUCUCGCUGCUGCCAGCCCGCCCCGAGGUGGGCAACGGGACCGUGCCGGAGGUGGGCAUGCACUGGUACUCCCGCCUGCUCUACCGGCUGGCCGGGGGCGUGCUGGGCCACGAGGCCCUGCAGGUUUAGGGGUGAGCACCCCCCGUUUCUGGUGGGUGCUCCAGCCCCCGGGCACCCCUCGGAGCUGGGGAGGAGGGACAGGGGCACCCCCCGGUGCUGUGGGGAGGUUGGGGCUCAGCACUGCCCCGGGGCACGGGGUGGCACA